AUGGCACUACUCUCCUCUCUGGCUUUUGCAGUCUUUGCUCUGGCUGUGCCUCAUGUGGCACCUCGGCAGGCGUCCAACACUACUCACUAUUAUACGGUCCUGGAGGGUGAUAGUAUCUUCAGCAUUGCGGCCAAACUUGAUCGCGGAGUCUGCGAUAUCGCGCGCGCCAAUCGGAUGAUGGACGCGGAAUACCUCUUUCCUGGAUUCUCUUUGAUCAUCCCGGAUGCAGUCAGCAACCCAGACAAUGACACAUGCCUCUUGCAAGCUCAGAACGCCACUGCAACGUGCAUCUAUGGUGGCCCUCAUGACUACACCACUGCCACCAAUGACACCAUCACGCGAGUCGCCCUGUAUAAGUUGAACAUCACCGUCGACUCUUUAUGGACAGAAAACGCAAAGAUCUUCAAUCUGUCUUCUCCAGACGAGGUCCUGCCACCUAACUCGUAUCUCAAAGUCCCGCAAUGUAUGCCCAGCGUUUGCACCAUUACAGCAUUUGAAUUCACCUACGGCGUGUUCAAGGACCUGGCGGAGAAAUAUGGUACGACAGUUGGGCAGAUCAUGACGCUGAACUUCCAUUACAACUACAGUUCAGCUGUGGGAACGGCCGCAGACGAAGCCCUGGGGCUAUCCUACCCCAUCAUUACGCUGCCUGUUGGGUGCAGGGCGUUGGUCGAUAGUCCAUCAUCCAACCUUUGA